CGUGCGCGUUCGGUUUGCGCGCGAAGGCCGCACGAAGGGCGGGCGGCCAGUCAGUCAGCCCGCUGAACGCGCGAAGCGCACUUUACGUAUUUUUAAAACUUUUUUUUUAUUAUUACUAUGUUGCGGACUUUAUUGAUGGUCCUUUGCGUUGUGGCAGCGAGCCAGCAGUUAGAAAUACCAAAGUUCUCCGUGCCAGAAGCGGUGGAAAAGGGCAGCGACGCCGAGUUGAUAUGCGAGCACGAUGGCUCGGAGAAAGUAUCCAUAGUGAAGUGGUUCUGGAAUCAAGAUGGCGCGGAGAAACCGGUGCAGAUAUACCAGCGGGCGUUCGGGGGCGAGAAGAAGAUCAUCAUACCGAAGACUGAACCGCUUCUUAAUAUCACGUUGAUAGAAGAGGACAAGCACAAUCUGGCGCUAUGGGACCUGCAGCCGGAGCAUUCCGGCACUUUCGAGUGCCAGGUGGAGGAGGAAGCCAACUUCAUGGAGCGGAGGAUCGCCUCACCAAUGGUGGUGUACAGCAUAGGGGAUGGGCCGAAACUAUCAUUUGAAGGCGAGGAAGAUGUGCUGGUGGUGUGUGAGGCGGCCGGGGUCGCGCCGGAGCCUGAGAUCACUAUCACCUAUGGCGACACUACAUUGAACACCACCCUCCUAGAAGGCCCAGUGGACGGCCUAUACAACGUGUCGACCAACGCCACCCUCGCCCGGCAAGACAUCGAGGGCGUGGAGGUCUCCUGCAAGCUCUCCUUCGACAAUGAGGCCAUCGCGUCCGAGCUCUUGCAGGUCGCCGAUAUGUACCACUCGGAUGGGUGGCUCGCGACCAGCACCGCCGCGCCGGACGACGCCACAGACUCCACGGAGUCCCCCGAGGCGCUGGGCACCGAACCUACCCCGGACGGCGCCGAACGCACAACUGCAGUUUGGGCACUGGCGGCGCUUGUGACCAUUCUACACCUGCAACUAAUGUGAUACUAACAAUAAUUUAAUUUAUAUCAUUACUUAAGUUUGUCGCUGUUGUUGAAUCAUUUAUUUUUAUAAUAAAUUUAUCGAAUACCUAA